AUGGGAUCGGAAGACGCGGAAAUCGUGCGCCAGGUUUGGGACUCCUAUCUUCCCGUCGCCUUCCGUCUCGACCCCGAGGAGGAGGCGUCGCUCCACGCGCCACAACCCCACUACACAAUGGUUUCGCGUUUGUCUUACUUUCCGUUGGUUUUGGAGAAAGCGUUGAAACAUUUGCUUCGAAGCGAAGAGAAGCGCGAGACCGGCGACCUCUGGCUCGAGAGCGACGGCACGCCUUUGAAAUGGCACUACCCGGUGGGCGUGCUGUUCGACCUGUUGGGCGCGUGCAUCCCCUGGACGGUCACCAUCCACUUCCGCCACUUCCCCGAACACCAACUCGUGCGCUGUCAGUCGCGCGCCGCCGUCGAGGCGCACCUCAUCCACGCGCUGAAGGAGAGCGACGCUCUGCGCAACCGCUCGCAAGUGAUGUCGUCGCUGCAGAAGAAGGACCACAACCAGCUGUGGCUCGGCGUCUGCAACGACAAGUUCGACCAGUUCUGGGCCGUCAACCGCAAACUCAACGCCAGUGACCCGCGCUAUGUGCCCCUGAGGGUGCACGCGCGCGACCAGACUGUGCGCCAGAAACUCGUCAAACCCGUGAUGGAGGGACGAGAGACGACGCUCGCCGACGCGGUGGACGCCGUUCUCGGCGCCGACGCGGCCGGCAAGCGGAUACUGAUUCACGGCCUGGAAGUGCCGCCGGAGACGCCGCUGCUGUGGCUGUCGAAACACAUGUCCCAUUGCGACAAUUUCGUGCACAUCUGCGCCCUCUAGUGGUUGUGUUUAUUAUUAAAUACAAAAUAAAUAGAAAUUUGUUUUCAGUUCGCACUUAAAGA